GCGAUGCCCACCCAGCUCCAAGCUCCUGGAAAGAGUGGAGCUGUCAGCAAAGGAGGCCAAGAAUUGAAGCCCAGAAAGGACAUGCUUGCUGACGUGAAUUUACUGCAGAGGCCCCAGGUCUUGGGUCCAGAGGAACAGGAUGGAUCACGCGAGGGCUCCGUGUCAUUUGAGGACGUGACCAUAGACUUCAGCAGGGAGGAAUGGCAGCAACUGGACCCUGCCCAGAGACGCCUGUACCAGGAUGUGAUGCUGGAGAUCUACAGCCACCUCUUCUCCGUGGGGUAUCACAUUCCCAACCCAGAGAUCAUUUUCAGGAUGGAGAAAGGAAAGGAGCAAUGGAUGGCGGAGGCUGAACUCCCACGUCAGAGGUAUCAUGAAGGGGAGUUUGGGCUUGAAACCCCACAAUGGGAAGUUUCUGAAACAGCUUCAUUUCACAAUGAGAUGCUGGGUGAACUCACAAGAGAUGGCUCAUGGUGUUCCAUUUUAGAAAAGCUGUGGGAAGAAGCUGACCAAACAAAGAGAGAUCAGAAAAAUCAAAGUAAACCUUCACAUCAGGGGGCUUUCCUCAACAAGAAAAAAUUGAACACAGAGAGGGACUGUGACUAUAAGGAUCCUGGAAAAAUCAUCCAUGCGAGGCCCCACCUUGUUCCUUCACAAAAGAGACCUCAUAAACACUGCUCUUUUGCAAAAAGGUUGAAACCUAACCUAGAAGUAAACCAUCAAAAUCAAAGCAACACCACAGAACACCUUGAUGAGAUGGUUGAAUCUGGUCAGCUAUUUACCCAUAGCUCUUCCAGUGCCAGCUGCAAAAAUACUCAUACAGGAGAGAACUUCUGUGAAGGUAAUUCAUGUACAAAAGUCUUCGGCCAUAAACAGUCAUUCACACAACAUCAAGUUCACACUCAGGAAAAACCAGAUAAGUGCACUGAAUGUGGGAGGGACUUUACCCAGAAGUCACACCUCCUUGAACAACAGAGAUUCCAUAGUGUAGAAAACCUCCAGGAAUGUGGUAAAUGUGGGAGAGCCUUCACCCCACAACCAAAACUCAGUGUAUAUGUGACAGAUCAUACAGGUAACAUACCAUAUAUAUGUAAGGAAUGUGGAAAAGUCUUUGUUCAGAGGCCAGAACUGGUUACACACCAGAAAGCUCACACUAGAAAGAAGCCCCAUAAAUGCCAUGAAUGUGGAAAAGCCUUUUUCCAGAUGUUAUCUCUCUUCAGACAUCAGAGAACUCAUACUAGAGAAAAACUCUAUGAAUGCAGUGAAUGUGGGAAGGGCUUCUCCCAGAAUUCAACCCUCAGUAUACAUCAGAAAAUUCAUACUGGUGAGCGACAGUACGUAUGCAGCGAAUGUGGGAAGGCCUUCACCCAGAAGUCAACACUCAGCUUGCACCAGAGGAUCCAUUCAGGGGAGAAGUCUUACGUGUGUAUUGAAUGUGGCCAGGCCUUUAUCCAGAAGGCACACCUGAUUGUUCAUCAGAGAAGUCACACAGGAGAGAAACCUUAUCAGUGCCACAACUGUGGGAAAUCCUUCAUUUCCAAGUCACAACUUGAUAUACAUCAUCGAAUCCAUACUGGGGAGAAACCUUAUGAAUGUAGUGACUGUGGGAAAACCUUCACCCAAAAGUCGCACCUCAACAUACACCAGAAAAUUCACACUGGAGAAAGACACCACGUGUGCAGUGAAUGUGGGAAGGCCUUCAACCAGAAGUCAAUACUCAGCAUGCAUCAGCGAAUUCACACUGGAGAGAAGCCUUACAAAUGCAGUGACUGUGGGAAAGCCUUUACUUCCAAGUCACAAUUCAGAGAGCAUCAGCGGAUCCACACUGGAGAGAAACCCUAUGUAUGCACUGCAUGUGGGAAGGCUUUCAAUGGUAGGUCAAAUUUCCAUAAACAUCAGAUGACUCACAGUAGAGAGAGAACUUUUGCCUGUUACAAGUGUGGACACACCUUCACCCAGAAAUCAGAGCUGAUUACACAUCAGAGAACUCAUAUCGGAGAGAAACCUUACGAAUGCUGUGACUGUGGGAAGUCCUUCAGUAGGAAACCACAACUCAAAGUGCAUCAACGAAUCCACACGGGAGAGAGACCUUACGUGUGUUCCAAGUGUGGGAAGAGCUUCAACAACAGAUCAAAUUUUAAUAAACACCAAACAACUCACACCAGAGACAAGUCUUACAAAAGCAGUUAUUCUGUGCAAGGCUUUACUCAGAAGUCAAUUCCUAAUAUGCAUAUACGUAAAUGAAAUAAACUCUGAAUU